UUUGCCUUUGGUCUCUCUCUACAACUUUUAAGAAACAAGAGUGGGACAUGACAACGAAGAAGACCAUGAUCAUCAUGGUGAUUCCCCUUUAGACCAUAUUGCCACGAUCUGAUUUGAUCUCUGAAUCAGACUCAUAGGUUCAAAGCUUAAAACUUUUUUUCUUUUUUUUUUCCCUUUACGAUCUGUUUCAUAGAAUCAAAAGUAAAAGCUCUGUUCUUUUCAAGAUCUUUUCUAUUGUUCUUACAGAAUCUCAUCGAAUUUAGCAAACCCAUUUUGUCUGAAAACUCAAAACUUUUUUUUUCUUUUUCUCUGUUUUUGAUUUGAUUUAAUUAAUAAAUGGGUUGUGCAAGCUCGAAGCAUCGAAAUCGUUGCCGUAACUGCAGAGGAGGAUUAUCUCCGGUGAUUGUACCUCGGAGCUAUUCAAUGCACGUUCAUCAUCCGGCACAACACAGCGGCGAUAGCUAUCACACGGUGGCUCUCACUUCCUCCACCAUUGGAUCUCUUAGUCUUUGCGAUUCUUCUUCUUUCAGGCAUUUUCACAAUCAACGCGUUUCCGACGAAACUGGUGAGAAGAAGAUGAAGAAUUCUUCGGAUUUGGUUAUUGAAGCCAAGGUUUGGUCAAGUAUGAUAAAGGAGAGAAUCCCAAAGAUUGUUCCGAGAACUCCGAUUGUGACGCCUCCAGGAGAGCCAGAGACGAUCAAUACAUGGGAGUUGAUGGAAGGUCUUGAAGAUGUUAGUCCUUUACGAUCACCUAAUCACUUGAGGAGCUUCUCGUUUGAUGUUGUUCGUAUCCAACCUAGUCAUGAAUUUGAUCUUCCCAAAUCAAGGUUUCAUGAGAAUGUGAAGUUUGAUAGCAGAGUUGGUGAUGAUUUGGAUCCAACUGAGCAUCCUUUUCAUAUCCGCAUUCCCGAGAUGAAGACGAAUCCGCAAGUCGGGUCAUCAGAUGAAGGAAACUUGGAAAGAAAGAUUUUAGGUAAAGUAAAGGUGAUACUUUAUUUCACAAGCCUUAGAGGUAUAAGGAAGACAUAUGAGGACUGCUGCCAUAUCCGGAUCAUACUAAAAAGCUUAGGGAUCAGGAUCGAUGAGCGUGAUGUAUCGAUGCAUUUGGGUUUCAAAGAUGAGCUGAAGAAGUUAUUGGAGGAUAAAUUGGAGAAUGGCGUUGGAAUAACCUUACCUAGAGUUUUCUUGGGGGACAAGUAUCUUGGGGGAGUCGAUGAGAUUAAAAAUUUGAAUGAAAAUGGGACACUUGAAAUGCUUAUAAAAGGCUGCCAAAGGGUCAAAGAUGGCUUAACAGGUUUUGAUAUCGAAUGUGAGGCUUGUGGAGAUGUUAGGUUUGUGCCUUGUGAGACAUGUUCAGGCAGCUGCAAAAUCUACUAUGGAGGUGAACAAGUUACAGAGUAUGGAUUUCAAAGAUGUCCAUAUUGUAAUGAGAAUGGAUUGAUCAGAUGUCCCGUGUGUUGUGACUUGUGAGUCAAUAUACAAAACUUUUUUUUUUUUUGGUGUGUGGCUCGAGUAGAUUGUUUGUAUUGUACAGUGGAGUUCUAAUUGAUAUUGAAAAUAGAUUUUAGGUCAAAAUACAAUUUAUAAAAUGUUGAUAAAAAUUGAGGUUGUUUGUAACUCCAAACCA